UUAAGCGCAGUAGCGGAAGUGAGGUCACAUACAGUGAGUUUCCUGCAGAUGAGGCAGAAUAAACGAUGCUGAUUUUAAUGUGUUUCAUUAAAGAACAAAGGGGCAAAUAUAUUCCUCUAGAUAAAGAAUAAAGAGUCAAACAUCCAGUGGUUGAACAGAAACAUCAUUAUCAAUGCUAGCGGACUCAGCGGGUCGGUGUCGCGGCAGGAAGCGCUCGGCAGCAGCAGCAGCAGUGGGCGGACCUGACUCUGGUGGGCGGGGCCGCAGCAGCGCACCUGCAGCACAGACGAGAAGGAAAGCCGCAGAGACCGGAGAAGACGACGAUCAGUCAGAGAAGAAGUUCAGGAAGUGUGAGAAAUCCGGAUGUCCAGCGACGUACCCCGUGUGUUUUGCCAGUGCGUCUGAGAGGUGUGCAAGAAACGGAUACACAUCUCGCUGGUAUCACCUGUCGUGUGGCGAGCACUUCUGUAACGAGUGUUUUGACCAUUACUACAGAAGUCAUAAAGACGGAUACGAGACGUUCUCCUCGUGGAAGAGGGUUUGGACCAGCAAUGGGAAGAGUGAACCCAGCCUCAAAGCGUUCAUGGCCGACCAGCAGCUGCCCUACUGGGUUCAGUGCACUAAAGCAGAUUGUGGCAGAUGGCGUCAGCUGAGUAAAGAGACGCAGCUGACAGCCGCGCUGGCGUCAUCGUACCGCUGCGGGAUGAAGCUCAACAGUGUCAAAAUCGAAGGAUGUGAUGCGUGUUCUCAGCCGGAGGAUGUGCGUGUGGUCGGUGUGGCGGACAGCUGGUGGCACUCCAUGCUCAUCCUGCCGCCGCUGUUUAAGGACAGUCCCGCCAGUCCUUUCCUCAGCGCUUACUACCCCGACUGCGUGGGCAUGAGCCCGUCUGCCGCGCCUGGCAACCAGCGUCCGGAGCAACGGCGGGCAGCGCCAUCUCACAUUCCCGGACUCUCAUCGUAUUUCCAGCCCUUCUAUCAGCCGAACGAGUGUGGGAAAGCCUUGUGCGUGAGACCCGACAUGAUGGAGCUGGAUGAAUUGUACGAGUUCCCAGAAUUUUCCAGAGAUCCCACAAUGUAUCUGGCACUGAGGAACCUUGUGCUGGCGGCCUGGCACCGAGACUGUAAGGAGGUUCUGACGCCACAGAAAUGUGCUCCUCACGUGAUCGUCCGCGGCCUGGUGCGCAUCCGCUGCGUGCAGGAGCUGGAGCGAGUCCUGUACUUCAUGACCCGGAAGGGCCUGAUCAACACGGGAGCGCUGCAGAUCAAAUGGCCGCUGCUGCCCGAGUCACAGCACAACAAGGUGCUGGUCAUCGGUGCCGGUGCUGCGGGUCUCGCUGCUGCUCGCCAGCUCCAGAACUUCGGCAUGCAGGUGGUGGUUCUAGAGGCCAGGGAGCGAAUUGGAGGCAGAGUUUGGGAUGAUGCGUCAUUGGGCAUAACGGUCGGGCGCGGAGCUCAGAUUGUGAACGGCUGUGUGAACAACCCCAUCGCUCUGAUGUGUGAGCAGUUGGGUCUGCGGAUGCACACGCUGGGUGUGCGCUGUGAGCUGAUCCAGGAGGGCGGACGCGUCACUGAUCCGGCUCUGGACAAGCGCAUGGACUUCCACUUUAACGCCGUUCUGGACGCCGUAUCCGACUGGAGGAAAGACAAGUCCCAGUCCCAGGAUGCACCACUGGGCGAGAAGAUUCAGGAAGUGUACAAGACGUUCCUGCAGGAGUCUGGACUUCACUUCACUGAGCUGGAGGAGAAAGUGCUGCACUUCCACCUCAGUAACCUGGAAUACGCCUGCGGGAGCACACUGGACCAGGUGUCGGCACGCUCGUGGGAUCAUAACGAGUGUUUCGCUCAGUUCUCCGGCGAUCACACACUCUUCACUGAUGGAUAUUCGUCUGUCCUGCACAAUCUGGCUCAGGGACUGGACAUUCGGCUCAAUACCGCGGUCCAGCAUGUGGAAUAUUCUGGAGACAUAGUGAAGGUCACGUCCACCUGCGGCUCGCACUGGACCGCACAGAAGGUUUUGGUGACGGUGCCGCUGGCUCUGCUGCAGAAGAACGUCAUCUCCUUCACUCCUCCUCUGCCCGAGCGGAAGCUCAAAGCCAUCCACAGUCUGGGAGCCGGAGUGAUCGAGAAGGUCGCCCUGCAGUUCCCCACACGCUUUUGGGACAGUAAAAUCCAGGGAGCUGAUUAUUUCGGCCACGUCCCGCCCUGUCCGGAGAAGAGAGGCCUGUUCAGUGUGUUCUACGACAUGCGUCCGCAGGGUAAGGAGUGUGUGUUGAUGACGGUGAUCACGGGCGAAGCUCUUGCGCUGGUCAGAGAUCUUCAGGACACACAGGUGGUCGAUCUGUGCAUGAGCGUCCUCAGAGAACUCUUCCAGGAGCAGGACGUUCCGGAUCCAGUGAAGUACUUCGUGACUCACUGGAGCAAAGACUCGUGGUCUCGGAUGUCCUACAGCUUCGUGAAGACGGGCGGCAGCGGUGAGGCCUAUGACAUCAUCGCCGAAGACGUGCAAGGAAAGCUGUUCUUCGCUGGCGAGGCCACAAACAGACACUUUCCUCAGACGGUGACGGGCGCGUAUCUGAGCGGAGUGCGUGAGGCCAGCAAGAUCGCAGCGCUGUAGAACCACCUCACCCUCCAGAACCGUCUCGCUCUCCUGAACCGUCUCACCCUCCAGAACCGUCUCGCUCUCCUGAACCGUCUCACCCUCCAGAACCGUCUCGCUCUCCUGAACCGCCUCACCCUCCAGAACCGUCUCGCUUAGAACCGUCUCAACCUCCAGAACCGCCUCACUCUCCUGAACCGUCUCACACUGCUGCAGCCCUGCAAGACUGUGAUCAUUACAGGUGACCUGAAGACACACACACACACACACACACACUGUUUCCAAUGAUGUCAGAUACACACGUCUGUCUUUCUGCAGGUGUUUUACUAGCUGUAUUUAUGAACUUUCUUUUCACCUUUGACGGUUUUGAAGUUGUUAAACAUCACAGUUCGACACCUUGUUAUGAGCUGUAGUUUGUUUCGCUUCACAGCUGAAAUGAUAUUGUGUUGAUGUGAUUCUCUGAAUUCUGGGUUUUGUAAGUUUAUGUAAAGAGAUGCACAUGAAGCUUUAUUCUGUAAAUUUCAUUUUGUCAGACACCUGUUCAAAUUAAUUAUGGAAAUAUUUUGCUUAAUUACACUUGUUUUGAAACAGGCUCCAUUUUUGUGUUAUUUUCCUUAGUUUUUUCUUUAUCAAAUGUUCUAAAAAUAUUAAAAUGGUAAAUUAUU